AUGUCAUCCUCCACUGCUGUGCCAUACAGUGUGUUUCUUGGGUUUGUUCACAAAAACAUUCCUCCCAUUGGAUUCCCUGUCACUGUAACCCAUGUUACCGGCGCCUUCUGGGGUCUUGUGGCUCUCUGGACUGCCACUGACUUUUAUGGUGCUGAUCUUCUGGUUACAGUGUUGGCCAUGAUUUACCCAGCAUGGAUGUCCUACAAGGCUGAGAAGAGUGGAGAAUACCCUACACAGUGGAUUGCUUACUGGAUCAUCUUCGCCGUUCUGUACCUGUUCGAGUUCCUCUCAUUCCUCGUCACAAGCAUUCCUAUCUACCUAACCUUCAAAAUGGCUCUCCUCCUCUGGUGCAUGUUCCCUUGUGAGAGCAAUGGAGCUGUUGUCUUAUACAAUGGAAUACUGAAGCCUGCUCUUUCUGCCCUGGAUGGCUUUGUCAACUCAAUCAAGGCUCCUGUUGUGGAAUUCCCCAAGGAUGACUAA